UGCGGAUUGUUGCGCCCUUCCGUUCGGUUCCUUCCUCCGCGCCCGCCCCACGCCUCGCGGUUCGCCACGCCCGCCCCACGCCUCCAAGUUGUAGCCGAUGAAGGGCGGCGACAUGAGCAGCGUCAGCCCGCUGGUGUCCUUCGUGCUGGGCGCCGCCAUGGCCACCGUCUGCGUCCUCUUCUUCAUGUCCGCCGCGCCCGCGCGCCGCCUCGUCGACAUCUCUGCCUUCACCUCCAACUCCAACUCCACCGCCGACCUCCUCCUCGACUCCUCCGACUCGCCGGCAGCGGCGGACCUUGCCGAGGCAGCGCCGCCGGCUCCCGCGCCCGUCCAGGCCCCGCCGUCUCCGUGGGGCGACCUGGAGGAGGUGCUGGCGCGCGCGGCGACCAAGGACCGCACGGUGAUCAUGACGCAGAUCAACGCGGCGUGGACGCGCCCGGGCUCGCUGCUGGACCUCUUCUUCGAGAGCUUCCGCACGGGGGAAGGCGGCGUGGCGCGCCUCCUGGACCACCUGGUCAUCGUCACCAUGGACCCGGCCGCCUACGAGGGCUGCAGGGCCGUGCACAGCCACUGCUACUUCCUCCGCACGGGCAACGGCGUCGACUACCGAUCAGAGAAGGUGUUCAUGAGCAAGGACUACCUGGAGAUGAUGUGGGGACGCAACCGCUUCCAGCAGACGGUGCUGGAGCUGGGAUACAACUUCCUAUUCACGGACGUUGACGUGAUGUGGUUCCGCGACCCGUUCCGCCACAUCUCCAUGGCGGCCGACAUCGCCAUCUCCAGCGACGUGUACAUGGGCGACCCCUACAGCCUGCGCAACUUCCCCAACGGCGGCUUCCUCUUCGUGCGGGCGUCGGACAAGACCGUCGCCUUCUACCGGGCGUGGCAGCAGGGGCGGUGGCGCUUCCUGGGGAAGCACGAGCAGGACGUGUUCAACCUCAUCAAGCACGAGGAGGCGCCCAGGCUGGACCUCGCCAUCCAGUUCCUCGACACAGCCUACAUCAGCGGCUUCUGCCAGCUCAGCAAGGACCUCAACAGGAUCUGCACGCUCCACGCCAACUGCUGCGUCGGCCUCGGCGCCAAGCUCCACGACCUCCGCGGGGUCCUCGACGUCUGGAGGAACUACACCGCCGGCACACCCGAGGAGCGACGCGCGGGAAAGUUCCAGUGGAAGCUACCGGGCAUCUGCAUCCACUGAUAUCCAUUCUUUCUCAGCCGGCCUCUCGCCUCCUUGGUAGUAAAAGAUCCAUUCUUUUGAUUCCAUCAUCAACAAAUUAAAGGUUAUAUAUAUACUAGUAACAGAUAGUUAGAAUUUCAUAGCUAUAAGUACGGGCAGGGCUUCUUCCACGUGAGAACAGUGAUCGAUAUGGUCCAGAAAUAGACCUACCAUACACUAUUUUUUAUAUAUAAAUAUCAAUUUAAGGACU